UUUCUCCGAAGUGACGCAGAAGCCCCAAGGAAGACCGGGCGCCCAGGAGAGGUGUUCAGCCGCCGCGCAGACGCAGAAUCGCGGGCUAUCAUGCAGUCACACUUUUUCAAAGGAUCAAAAAGUGGAACUGAACGGCCAGAAGACACGUAUAAAAGCCGGGAUCUCCGCCAGUGAGGGAGACACUUGCGCUUCCCCCGCCGAAGAUUAAGGGAUUCGAUUAUCCAGGAACCCAGAAGAUGCAACACGUUGUGAUCCUGUUCGCUGGCUGCUUGGUCGCCGCCUCAGUGCUUCUGCCGGCGGCGGAGGCGAGGCCGCAGAUUCACUCGUACGACGUCGCCGAAGUCAAUGCCGAAGUGUUCGAGGAACAGGACGAGGUGGAGGAGUCCGAACGCGGAGGAAGUUACGUCGAGGUCCAGGAGAGCGUGGCGGAGGACGGCGCGUCCCCCACGGGCGCCGCCGGGAGCAUCGCCCUCGAAGUUCUCGACGAAGUUGGAGACGCCCUCGGCUCCAGGGGCGACGGCCUGCGCAGGAUGGAGGCGCUGCUCAAGGCCUCCCGGGGCGGCUACGGCAGAUGAGAUUCCCUUUAAAUGUGACUGAGAUCCCAGAGAAAUGGAACGAAUGCUUCAAGAACGUUUCACGAUUGUAUAGACAUCGGAUGAGUCUUCUCCCGGGCGGGCUCGGGAAGGGCGGGGGGGGGGGCGUGCCUUGUUAUGCACUUUAUUUAACUGAACUUUUGUUUGUGAUGCAAUUGGAUAUUGUAUCUUGCAAUAUGAACUUUGUAUUCCAUGAGAAUCUAUAAACAUCCAAUAUGUAGAAUGAUAUUAAUGUAUGAUACACACAUAUGCACACGCACACACACACACACACACACACACCACACCACACACACACACACACACACAC